AUGAGUGUGCUCGCAGAGCUUGCUGAAGUCAUUGCGGAGGCGGGCGAGGAGGGUGCAGAGACCGCGGCAGAAAUUGGGGCUUCAUCGGAAGCCGAUUUGGGAGAAUUGGCCGAAGAGAUGGCAGCCGAUGAUUCCGUUGAAGCGAAGAGCGUCAUGGAGGAAGAAGGCGUUUCUAAAGAGUUUAAAGAAGGACAGGAUGAGAUCAUGGAGGAGGCCAAGACCGGCACCAAGGCCAGCAUCCUCAGCCGGGUCAGGGACCUGGUUAAGAACAUGUGGAACAAUAAGGGCGCUUUCGCCAAGAUGAUCGGUGCCGAGGUUGCCAAGGGAGUCUUGUUCACUCUCGGCAUGAAGGUCAUCGACUCCAUCUGGUCCAAGAAGGCCCAAAAUAACCCGAGCCCUGCGAACCGACGUCGCCAGGCUAUUACUCGGGCCAUUUUGGCGGAGCGUCAUCGGACGGACCCAAUCGUCAAAAAUUGGCAGCUUUGGAUGGCGAAGCAUUUUGACCAUCGCGAGAGCUAUGGCAGUAUCACGGUCGAUGAUGUCGACAUCACCAUAUUCCAGAUCUUACAAGAAAAGAUUUCGCAGGCACGAGAAUAUUCCGCUACCAAGGUCCAAGAGGCUGUGGAUGCGGCGAAAAAGAGUAAGCAAGCCGAUAAAGCGGAGGCGAUACUCCAGCUGGAGACAGAGUAUGUGGAGAAGCUGGUCAGGAUCAACACGACCAUCAAUCACAACGGGUCAUCGAUGAUGGCAGACGGUCUGAAGGUAUACGAUGCCGAGUUGGACGAAGCCAAGAAGGAACUGAUGAUAUGA